GAGGACAGAAGACACAGAAGACACAUCAGUCAUGGACUACGCCGCCUCGGAGAGCCACUGCUCGGAGCUUGUGGCCAGAGAGAGGAGCGGACAUACCGCUGUGGUGGAGGACAACCUGCUGUAUGUGUGGGGAGGAUAUGUGUCAGUUGCUGAUAACGAAGUUUUCCUAUCCAACAAUCAAAUCUGGGUGUAUGACCUACAGCAGGGUGUAUGGGAAGUGUUUCACAUGACUGGAGAAGUUCCUCCCCCAAUGUCUGGGUCCUGCGGCUGCUCUCUGAAUGGACACUUGUACAUAUUUGGAGGUUGUGAUGUCAACGGACAGACCAAUCAGAUUUACUGUGUCAACCUGACAGACGGUAACUACACGUGGAGGAAGAUCAUACCUGAGAGAGGCUGUGCUCCCUCACCUCGAGACAAAGUGUCCUGCUGGAUUCACGAAGGACGGUUAAUCUACUUUGGAGGGUAUGGUCACAAACUACUGGCUGAUAUCGACCACAGGAACAGAAGCUUUAUUGUAGAUGAAGCAGCAUGGGUGGAGGACGUUUAUUGGGGAUGGAACAACGAGGUUCACAUAUUUGACCCCGUGCAAGCCAGUUGGAGUGAACCACAAACUCAUGGACAUUCUCCGGCCCCUAGGGCCGCUCACGCCAGCGCCACCACUGGUUGCAGAGGAUACAUCUUUGGAGGCAGAGUCAUGGAAACAAGGAAAAGUGACAUUCACUGUCUGAAUUUAGAAACAUGGACCUGGUCAGAAAUAGUCCCUGUGUCGUCGUCUCCAGUGGGCAGAUCGUGGCACUCACUCACAGCUGUUUCAGACAGGACCUUGUUCCUGUUUGGAGGUCUCAGUUCAGACUGCAAACCAAUGAGUGACGGGUGGCUGUUUGAUGUCGAAGCAAAGAAGUGGACAGAAAUUGAACAUCCUCACGAAAAUAAACCAAGGUUGUGGCACACGGCGUGUCUCGGGAAAGACUCUGACGUUGUUGUGUUUGGUGGAAGUUGUGACUACAUCCUUCUUGUCGACACAGGUCACUGCAAUGAUGCACUCGUUUUUCAGAUGCAACCAUAUCCCUUGUUCAGGAUUUGUGAAGAUUUCAUUGCAAAGAACGCGAGGAACAAUGAGUUGCUCCGAAACCAGCUUCCCCUGCUGCCGCCCCAACUACUCACAGCUGUACAGAGGAGGAUGGCUUUCUACAGACCUUCCAAGAAGCAAACAUAAUCACGAAAUGCCUAGAACAUUUUCAUAUCAUGGCUUUUUUUUAUUAUUAUUUUAAAGAAGUAACAAACAACUUGGAAAAGGACACAUAGCUGGUGUGUCCUUUAAUUUUUAGUUGAAUGCUAUUUUCCUGCAGUGUUUUGAAUACAGAACGAUAUACAGGUCCUUUGUAUCUUAAAAUGAUUUGCCAUGUUAUCGACAAAAACCCUGUCCGGCAAAGCUCAAAGAGCAUCAAAGGAAAAUGGUAUUGUUUUAUAAGUUAAAGAGAAAAAAAAGGUGUCUAUUCCCAUCUUUAUCUGAGGACUGUGCUCUCUGCAAUGCCUUACUCACACUGUAGGGUUGCAUUUUUAUUUAAACAAAAGUUUUUGUUACGGUUUACUGUGACGAUUAAAUCACACAGUUAAAAAAAGAAGUAAUCUCCUGUGGUGGAUUAUUGAACAGCUCACACAUGCAGACCAACAUUUAAACCCCCUGCUGUGUUGCCAAUUUUUAUAUGUAACGUAAAACAAAGAUACCAGAAAUCUUAAGGAAGUGCAACUUCUCUUAAAGCUGCAGAGCUUUUACUGUAAGUUACAGUAGAUUUUGUUGCCGUUAUCUUAUUCCAUUUUUAAUUUAAGGACUGCUCUCUUUUAUUUAAGUAUUAUUAUGGUGCUAUAUGAUACGGAUGACUGUGUUUAUGGGAUGUCUGUAAUGAUUAAAAGACACAGUGACAAGUC